UAAAUCCAACGGCGACAGUUCCUGAUUUAAUACUUUUAACCCACAGAUCCAUAAACGCACUGGUCUUGGUUUUCACUUUUCUCCGUCUUUUUGCUUGAUUUUUAUUAAUCCAAAGCCUUCAUUCUGUGUCUUGUUUGAUUUUGCUGGUCAAUUCCUUGAAAGAAAGAGAGAUGGGAAGCUCUGGAGAAUUCACAUGGAAAUUGGCGGAUCACCCAAAGCUUCCCAAGGGGAAGACAAUAGCAAUGGUGGUUUUGGAUGGUUGGGGUGAGGCUAAACCCGAUCAGUAUAACUGUAUCCAUGUUGCUGAAACUCCUACUAUGGAUUCUUUCAAAAAGACUGCUCCAGAGAGAUGGAGAUUGAUUAGGGCUCAUGGCAAAGCUGUGGGUCUUCCAACUGAAGAUGACAUGGGCAACAGUGAAGUUGGUCACAACGCUCUUGGUGCUGGACGUAUUUAUGCUCAAGGUGCUAAGCUCGUGGACCUUGCUCUUGCCUCUGGAAAAAUAUAUGAUGAUGUGGGAUUUAAGUACAUAAAGGAAAGUUUUGAAACUGGCACUCUGCACCUCAUUGGCUUACUCAGUGAUGGUGGAGUUCAUUCUAGGCUUGAUCAGUUGCAGUUGCUGCUAAAAGGCGCUGCUGAACGUGGUGCUAAACGAAUCCGUGUUCAUAUUCUUACUGAUGGACGUGAUGUUAUUGAUGGCACAAGUGUUGGCUUUGUAGAAACUCUUGAGAAAGACCUUGAAAAUUUACGUCAAAAAGGUGUUGAUGCACAGAUUGCAUCUGGAGGAGGGCGCAUGUAUGUUACAAUGGAUCGUUAUGAGAAUGACUGGAAUGUUGUGAAACGAGGAUGGGAUGCUCAGGUUCUUGGUGAAGCCCCACACAAGUUUCGAAAUGCUGUUGAGGCUGUCAAGAAACUAAGGGAAGCUCCUAAAGCUAAUGACCAGUACUUGCCUCCAUUUGUCAUUGUUGAUGAGAAUGGAAAGCCUGUUGGCCCAAUUGUGGAUGGUGAUGCUGUUGUCACAUUCAACUUCCGUGCAGAUCGUAUGGUUAUGCUUGCUAAGGCACUUGAAUAUGAGAAUUUUGACAAAUUUGAUCGGGUUAGAUUCCCUAAAAUCCGUUAUGCUGGAAUGCUUCAGUACGAUGGUGAGCUGAAGCUUCCUAGCCAUUACCUCGUAUCUCCUCCAGAGAUAGAAAGAACAUCUGGUGAAUAUUUAGUGCAUAAUGGUGUUCGCACCUUUGCUUGCAGUGAGACUGUCAAAUUUGGCCAUGUCACUUUCUUCUGGAAUGGAAAUCGCUCUGGUUAUUUCAAUCCAGAGAUGGAGGAAUAUGUUGAAAUUCCCAGCGAUGUUGGAAUUACAUUCAAUGUGCAGCCAAAGAUGAAGGCUGUUGAGAUUGCAGAGAAGGCAAGGGAUGCUAUCCUCAGUGGCAAAUUCCACCAGGUUCGUGUUAACCUGCCAAAUGGCGACAUGGUUGGACACACAGGAGAUAUUGAAGCCACAGUUGUUGCAUGCAAGGCAGCUGAUGAUGCUGUCAAGAUGAUCAUUGAUGCUAUAGAGAAAGUUGGUGGAAUAUAUGUUAUUACUGCAGAUCAUGGCAAUGCUGAGGACAUGGUAAAGAGGGACAAGUCAGGGAAACCUCUUCUUGACAAGAAUGGCAAUAUUCAGAUAUUGACAUCUCAUACGCUUGAGCCAGUGCCUAUUGCAAUUGGAGGUCCUGGAUUGGCACCUGGUGUCAGAUUCCGCAAUGAUGUUCCCACCGGUGGACUUGCAAAUGUGGCUGCAACUGUUAUGAAUCUCCAUGGAUUCGAGGCUCCUAGCGAUUAUGAGCCUACUCUAAUUGAAGUAGUCAACAACUAGGAUUAAUGUAAACCCAAGAAUUCAAUUUUAGUUUUUUGCUUAAAUUUUGAUUGGCAAGCGGAAGUCUUACCAUGUACGGCAAGUUAUCGGAUUAAAUAAGCGAUUUUGAGUAAGCUUGCUGCUGGGGUUGGCUCCCUAUUUUGGAUUUCGGAUACACACUUACCGUAUAUCCCGUUCGAGAUUUGAAUGGACGGUGUAUUUAUAAAUUUUCUAUGUUAUUGUCAUCGGUAUUUGCAUUUUCUUA